UUCGUAGUGAUUCAAACUCAUUUCUUAAAAGCCUCCUUCACUCCUAAAAAAACCAAGAAAAAAACAGCGUUCGUUAAGACGAUGGGUUCAGAGAAGCAAUCCAAUGCGGAAGAAGAAGAAGGUGAAAUCCCGGUGCUAACGGUGCUGAAGAACAACACCAUCCUCAAAAACAUCUUCAUCGUGAACAAGCCCCCGGAGGAACAGGCACGUGCCGAUCACGUGGACGUGCUCCUUGUUGGUCGUCACCCGGACUGCGACCUCAUGCUUACUCACCCCAGCAUCAGCCGCUUCCACCUUCAGAUCCGCUCCAAACCCUCUUCCAGAACCUUCUCCCUCCUCGACCUAUCUUCCGUGCACGGGACGUGGGUUUCGGGGAAGAGGAUUGAGCCGAUGGUAAGCGUGGAGAUGAAGGAAGGUGAAACGCUGCGGAUUGGGGUAUCCAGUAGGCUUUACCGUCUGCAUUGGAUUCCGAUUAGUCGCGCCUAUGAUUUGGAGAACCCGUUCGUGGCGCAAUUGGAUUCGGUUGCAGAAGAGGAAGAGGAAGAAGAAGAGGAGGAGGAGAAAAUGCUGAACUUGAAUUGCUGUCCUGCUGAAAUGGAAGAAAUUGAAUCAGUGGAUUCAGUACUUGAGGAUCUCAGUUCUUUAUUCCUUAAUGAGAAUGUGGAACUAACUGUGACAGAGGAGAUUCCCUUGGAACCUUGGAUGCUGGAAGACAUGGUUUCUUUAUAUUGUGAGGAAGAAAGGAAGAGCCCAUCAAAAGAGGAAGCAAUUGGAAUCCCAAGUGACCCUUUUGGAACUGAAACAUCAUAUUUGCCUACGAUAUCUGAUGAUGAAAACAAUUUGUGUGACUCUGUAAGCCAGGUUCUAUCACCACCUUAUGUGGAAUCACUUGUCCAAUGUGAUGACACACUUACAGAAAAUUUGUCUGAGACUUCAUGUUUGCCAGCUGUGGAAGCUGUUUUGGAGACAAAAAUGCUGCAAUUCCAUAGUCCACCUGAUACAUUUACUUCUCCAUUGUCAUCUGGUCAUGAGAAUUCGUUUGAAAAGCAUUAUUUCAGCUUGCCUGUAAAUACAGCUCCUUCAUCUCUUGAUGAGGAAAGUGCACCUGAAGCUGUAAUAGUGCCUAAAGAAACUGAAUGUGAAUCUGAAGAUGAUGAAAGCAUUAUAGAUAUUUUUACAGUUCCAGAAUCUCUUCAUGCAGCUGAAGAUGUAAUAACACCUAAUGAAUCUGAAUCCGAAUGUACCCUCAGAGAUGAUGGAAGUGUUACAGAUGCUUUUAUUGCAGGAGCUGGAAUUUUCAAUUCUGAGGAUAUGUUUCUAGCAGUUGAGGAAGUUAUGCCUGGCACCAAAGUUGAACAAAUCAAAAUUGUUGAGAAAGAUAUGUAUAGGUCACUGUCACAGCUGCUGAAUGAUAAAUUUUGUCAAGACCAAGGGCACUCACUCAAUGAAAUGGUUCAAGAUGUUAGAAACAAGCACACAGAUAGCACCUCCCCCACACUGCAUCAGAUAGAAUCAGUCAAUUUGUCAGUGCCAGAAGUAGUUUUGAAUAUUAUGAAUGAGGAUCAGACCCUGCACUCUGAAAUGGAAAUCCUUGAAAGCUGCGUAAAAGCAGUGGAGAAAACUUCAACAAAUAUUUGGUCAAGAAGAGGUAAAGCUACUAUUGCUCCUCAGGUUCGAACUAGCAAGAGCAUACUGAAGAAUGCAGCCAAUGUUGAAGUUGCAAUGAGCAGUGAGAAGGAUAUCAGAAACAGAACAAUCUCAAAGAAUCUUUCCUCUGUUCUGGAUGGGGAAAUAGAAGAAGAAGAAGACGAAGAAAUUUACACUCCAGAUAAAGAAAACAUCAGUCCGAAUACUCUCCACUUGCAAUUUUUAAAGAAGGUUAAAAUAGAAGAAAUUGAACAUUCCAAGUCACAAAGGUCACAGCGCAUUUCAGGGGAUACAUUUAAUUGCGAUAUCCAUCCAAAUGAAAGCAUAAAUCCCACUUUAUGCAACAUGAACAAGAAGGAUCUUUUCUCUGUUUUGGAUGGGGGGGAAGUAAAGGAAAAAGAAAUCUUCAUUCCUGAGGAGGAAAACUUCAGUCCAAAUGCCCUUCAAUUGUGGCUUCUGAAAAAGAAGGGUAAGGUAGAAGAAAUUAAACGUUCCAAGUCACAAAGAUCACCCCUUUCAAAGGGUACGUUUAAUCAUGACAUGUAUCCAAAUGAAAACAUAGGCUCCACUUUAUGCAACAUGAACCAGAAGGAUAGCAUAAAUAGAACAAUUUCAAGGGAUCUUUUCUCUGAUUUGGAUGGGGAAGAAGAGGAAGAAGAAAUCUUCACUCCAGACAAGGAAAACUUCAGUCCAAAUACCCUUCAAUUGCGGCUUCUGAAAAAGAAAGGCAAGGUAGAAGAAAUUAAACAUUCCAAGUCACAAAGGUCACCCCUUUCAAAGGGUACAUUUAAUCCUGACCUGUAUCCGAAUGAAAGCAUAGGCCCCUCUUUAUGCAAAAUAAACCAGAAGGAUAUCAUAAACAAAACACUCUCAAAGGAUCUUCUCUCUAAUUUGGAUGGGGAAGAAGAGGAAGAAGAGAUCUUCACUCCAGAUAAGGAAAACUUCAGUCCAAAUACCCUUCGAUUGCGGCUUUUGAAAAAGAAGGAUAAUUUUUGUCCCAACUUAUAUCCAGAUGAAAACAUGAGCCACACCUCAACCAAAGAGAAUCAAACUCUAAAAGGAGUCCAGGGUCAAAAAUUGAAAAGAAAGCCAUUCAGCAGCCAUAUCAAAUUCGCACAGGAGCAAGAUUAUAAGGACAGAGUGGAAAGGGUACCCUUCCAAUCACUGAAGAUCUCAGGAGACAAGAGAAGAUCAGGCACUUUUUGUCCUGUUUCUGCUUCCAAAAGCCUUCAUUUCAGUAAUUGUGGACAAAUUUUAGAUCAGCGUAUUAACCCUUCUGAUAUUAGUGGGGUGCCAAAGAAGAGCAGCUGGGACAUGAUUGUGGAUACUACUUCUCUUGUAAACAAGGAAUCAAGGAAAGCUAUGCAGCUUUUACAAGGUCUCAAAGGGACUCGGUUAAUCAUUCCAAGAUUGGUCAUAGGGGAACUUGAACGUAUGAAGAAGCAGUUCACAAUUUUCAGAAGAAUUUCAGAGGCUUCUUUGGCAUUGGAAUGGAUUGAAGAAUGUAUGGUGAAGUCAAACCGGUGGAUUCAUAUCCAGAGCUCAGUGGAUGAAGGAAGGCUAAUUGCUCCAACCCCACCUGCUUCUCCUCAGGCUCAGUUUAGUGAAGAGAGUUGGACUUCUCUUUCACCCCAGAAGUUCUCAACGGAAAUUGCUUCACCAACAGUAGAAGAUCAUAUCCUUGAUUUUGCUCUUCUAUACAGAAGAAACAAAAAUGAUGGACAACUUGUCCUGCUUAGUGAGGAUGUCACUUUGAAAAUCAAAUGCAUGGCAGAGGGGUUGCUAUGUGAGCCAGUGCAAGAGUUUCGUGAGAGUCUAGUAAAUCCAUUCUCUGAGAGGUUCUUGUGGGAUAACAGCGUUCCUCGAGGACAGACUUGGUCUUGCCAAGACGACGUAGUCUUAAGGGAGAAAUAUUGUCGUUUAAGGAAGCCAUCAAAGGGUGUUGCAAGCGGUUUAAAGCUCAUUCUGCUUCACAACUCUCAAUAUGGGCUCUGAGCCAGUGGCAUACAGUUCAGUUGAGCGUGCUGAACAGUUUUGAUUGACCCGUUUUCUCAUUUGCUGGUAGCAAUGUCUUAAUUUUUUUCUUCUUGCAAACAUUUACCUACAAAUAUAUAGCAAACAAUAUUUUAUUUAGCUUGGUAGCAACGUUUUAAAACCCUCCUCGCAACAGGGAUUGUGAAUAGUAUCGCUAGCUACAUCAAAAUAUUUUUUCAGUGUUUUC